AUGCCAAGCUGUAUUUGGUCAGACAACGCAACCAAUUUCGUAGGCGCUAAGAACGAGUUGAGAGACCUAAAACGCCUACUCCUACGCCAAGAGCACCGCAGUAAGGUUCACGUUCACUACCUCAACAAUGGUUUCGACUGGCGAUUCAUACCACCUCGUUCACCACAUUUCGGCGGCUUGUGGGAAGCCGCAGUAAAAAUGGCUAAACAGCACCUGUACCUCACUCUUGACUCUGCAAUUCUUGGUUUCGAUGAACUGCAAAAUCCAGAAGACCUUGAUGUUUUAACUCCAGGUCAUUUUCUUAUUGGCGGCCCGCUUACAGCUGCUCCUGAGCCUAACAUCACGCAUUUGAAUUACAAUCCACUCGGUCACUGGCAGCGUUUCACAUACUUCUAA